CGUUUUAACUCGGCACAUGAUGAUUCACACUGGUGAAAAGCCGUUUCUUGUGUGACCUGUGGAAAAAGGUUCAAUCGAAAACAUAAUUUAAUUUGUCACAUGAUAAGUCAUACAGGUGAAAAGCCGUUUUCAUGUGUGACUUGUGGAAAAGGUUUUACUAGAAAAUAUGAGUGCACUCAGCACAUGAUGAUUCACACAGGUGAAAAGCCGUUUUCAUGUGUGACCUGUGGAAAAAAUUUUCGUCACAAAGUUUGCUUAACUCAGCACAUAAGGAUUCACACUGGUGAAAAGCCAUUUUCAUGUGUGAACUGUGGAAAAAGUUUUAGUCAAAAACAUGUUUUAACUGAUCAUAUGAUGAUUCACACUGGUGAAAAGCCGUUUUCAUGUGUGAACUGUGGAAAAAGUUUUCGUCAAAAAUGGGAGUUGACUCAGCACAUGAGGAUUCACACUGGUGAAAAGCCGUUUUCAUGUGUGAACUGUGGAAAAAAUUUUCGUCACAAAAUUAGUUUAACUCAGCACUUGAGGAUUCACACUGGUGAAAAGCCGUUUUCUUGUGUGAACUGUGGAAAACGUUUUUGUCAAAAACAGGAGUUAAGUCAGCACUUGAGGAUUCACACUGGUGAAAAGCCAUUUUUAUGUGUGGACUGUGGGAAAAGUUUUAGUCAGAAAACAAAUUUAACUCAGCACAUGAGGAUUCACACUGGUGAAAAGCCUUUUUCAUGUGGGAACUGUGGGAAAAGUUUUCGUCACAAAUUUAGUUUAACUCACCACAUGAGGAUUCACACUGGUGAAAAGCUGUAGAAGUAUUUUCCAUACAUGUCCUAAGUUGAGGUUCACUAUAGAAUUGAUUUUGUUAAAAACUAGAAUGAAAGACUGGAGGGGUUUCAUGUCUAUAAAGAUGAAAAUUGUAGUAUUUGUUAAUUGUGAACAUUUGGAUCUUCACCUUUGGAUACCUGGAGAUGUGCAUCCAUGACACAUUUUCUGUCAGAGAUGUUUUUUUUUUUGGCAUAUUCUGUAUCAAAAACUGCAUGUUAUUGUAUUAACAUGUUUAUGUCAAACUGUAUGUUGUGUUUGUGCAACGUGAAGAUCAAAAGCUCAGCUCAGAGCCCUGAGGAGAGCCAGUACUGAUGCUGAUAGAUGAAGAGACAUUGUGGUCCAUUGUGACUAAUUUCAUGCAUUAACAGAGUUUGACUGGACAUGGACUCCCUUCCAGAAUAUUCUCACAAGAUUGGACUUGAGGGAUUGAUUUGUAUCAUUCUGUACAAUAGUGAAAGUU